UUUACCACCUGAGCCACCAGGCAGGCCUGGUCUAUGUGUACAGCAGUAUUACUCAGGCUUAAAAAGGAAGGAAAUCCUGACCCUUGCUACAUCAGGGAUGAACCUGGAAGACAUCAUUAUGCUGCUUGAUGAGGGAGUGAAGACGGAGAACGACCACAUCAACCUGAAGGUGGCCGGGCAGGACGGCUCCGUGGUCCAGUUCAAGAUCAAGAGACAUACGCCGCUCAGCAAGCUGAUGAAGGCCUACUGCGAGCGCCAGGGCUUGUCAAUGAGACAGAUUCGAUUCAGGUUUGAUGGACAACCAAUUAAUGAAACAGACACCCCAGCACAGCUGGAGAUGGAAGACGAGGACACCAUCGACGUGUUCCAGCAGCAGACGGGGGGCUCCAGGGUGGCCAGCUGCCUCUUGGGGAGCGGCCUCUAGAGCCCCCAGCCCCUCGUGGCACCGUGCUGUGUUUGCUAUUGAACAGUGGACGUGUGGCCAAGCCCAUCAGCAGGGAGGCUCGGACACCGAGGACAUUCCCCAGAAGGACUUUGCUCUGAUGCACUUGAGUGCCACGGUGGUGAUGGUCCCCAGCCUCCCUCGGCCCACCACCUGGUACCUGUGUUUGGGUAAAAUGCCUGGUGAGGGACUUGGGCUUUGUUUUUACUUUUUCGUUUUUUCUCCCUCCUAUGACAUUUUCUCCAAGCUUGUGGCCUGAAUGCCUGCUUUCUGUCUAGACGGGGCUCUCACUCCAGGUGUUGACCCCCCUCCUUCCAGUCAUGGAGAGAACUGUCACUGCUCUGGGAGUGCUUCUGUGGGGCGAGUUUUUGGGUCAUGGUUGGUAUGGGAGAUACACUUUCACUUACUGUUUCUUGCGGGCACAGGUUUUUUUAAUGCUAAAUAUUAGAAAUGUAAGCUUUGCCAGAAUAUAGUUAAGUUGAAGGGAAAAUACUGGAAUGUUUUUUAAAAGGUAAGUUCUUCAGUAACACGGCCCUGGGCGGGGUCUGGGGCUCCAGACCCACGGCCACCAACUGCCGGUGACACUGCUUGGACACAACAAAAAUGGGCUUUUCCCCUUU